AUGGUGACUUUCAAGGCGGUGGCUUCAGGACCCAUGGGCACUAUUCAAAUGAGCACCGCUGUUCGGCAGAGAGUGUCCUCCAGCGUCAAGGUGGACAACCCUCUGCCUGUCCCGGUGACGUUUGACAUCAACUGCAAAGUGCCCGACGUCAGCGUUCCCCAGCACUUUACUGUCCCUGCACAGUCGAAGGCGGAUCUUGUCUUGGAGUAUCAGCCCCUGCAAACGGGUGAGAGCAGCGGGCAGCUGGUGCUCCAGAGCAGCGACUUGGGCUCUCUGUUUUACACGCUGCAGCUGAAAGCCACCUGGAGCAGGCCAGAGAAGCCCGUGUAUUUCCGCACCAGGCUGGGCUCCCGUCAGACCAUCACCACCAAAAUACGGCAUUUUGCCCAGCAGAAGACCGAGUACCUCGUACAGACCGACUGUGCCGACUUCCAGACGGCAAAAUCCAUCAGUGCGGCACCCGCCAGUGCUGGGGGCUCAGACCUGAGCGUGGAAGUGACCUUUGAGCCCUGCCACCUGGGCGAAGCCAAGGCCACGCUGCAGCUCAGCUCUGCAUUGGGCGGGCAGAACGUCUUCCGGAAGGCCACGGCGUUCCAAUACGCAGUGAAGCACCCGGGCUUCACCGUCAGGGCCCCCGAGGUGCUGCGUGCCAAGAGCAGCACCACCAUCACCGUCUCCUUCGCGGGCGGCCCGGCUCCUGUCACCAGCAGGCUGGUGGUCUCCUGCCCUGGGGGCUCCUGGACCUACCACCUCCGGGGCCUGCCCUCCCCCCGCAAGUGA